CUUCUCAUCCGCACUCACAAAUAGGCUGUUUUGCAUCUCUUCUAUCCUCCAUCCGCGAGUUCAGCUUCUUUUUUUUCCCUCUCUCUCUUUCUCUUCCCUCCUCUUGCUUGGGUAGCCUAUGAUGAGCUCCAGCCUGCUAGAAAACCCGGUGCAGGCGAUUCUGUACCUGCGGGAGCUUACCACCAUCGUCCAGAAUCAGCAGAGUCUUAUCCAGACCCAGCGCGCACGGAUAGAAGAGCUGGACCGGAGGGUAGACGAGCUGAUCGGCGAGAACAGACACCUGCGGGACGUCAGGAUUCAACAACAGCACCCCUACCACCACCACCAUCACCAUCAUCAACACCCCGACCCCAGCUGCCUUCAUCACCGCCACCACCAUCCUCAGGAGCCCCAGCUCAAGACUAGUCCGGGGUCUCUGCCAGAUGCGGCUGCACCAGCACAAGUCGAGGCGGCUCCCGCUGUCCAAUCCUCGCCCUCCCAACAUAUGGACCCAGGAGACAUGCAGCUGGUCCCAGCCGACCCAUCCACAAUUUCACCGGUUGAAAGUGAGUCAGAAAACGGCGGAAGUUGCCCCAGCUGCCGCUCUUUGGUUCCGAUGACCCCAACAACCCUUUGUCGGUCCCUGGCCCUGGCCAGGAAAUCCGAGAGUGAGACUGUGCUGCAUCAGUUUUGCUGCCCCGCCCCUGAACAUCCAGAGGCUGACACCACAGGCUCAUCUAGUGGACAGAUGCUGAGCCUGGAGGAUGGCACGUCCUCUGGGGACAGACAGGAAACAGAGGGGACCAAAAGGGAGGGACCCAGUGAGUACGAGAGUACCCUGGAGAAUAAAAACAAACAGAUAGAAGAGUUGGAGCAGAAGUAUGGAGGCCAUCUCAUAGCAAGGCGAGCAGCCCGUCGUAUCCAGACAGCCUUCCGUCAGUACCAGCUCAGCAAAAACUUCCAGAAGAUCCGCAACUCACUGUCAGAAAGUAAGCUGCCUCGUCGGAUCUCUCUACGCCAUCCCAGCCCUUCAGGCCGAAACCGGAAUGCAGCCCAGAGACACAGUUAUACUCUGCAUCCCGGAGGAGGACAAAUACCUUUACGCUCUAAAACUCCCCCUCCACCUCCCUGCCGCUCCACAUCUCUGCCCCCAUCUUCUCCUGCGUCAGCCCCAGCACCUGCCCCCACUCCUGCCCCGGGCCCAGGUCCAGGUCCAGGCCCAGGCCCAGGGCCAGGCCCAGGCCCUGGCCUAGCCCCACCUCCACCUCAAACCCCAGGACCCUCACUCACACAACUGGAAGACUGCUUCUCUGAACAACUGCACUCCUUGGCACAGUCAAUUGAUGAGGCCCUUCGUGGCUGGAGCUUGUCUGAGAGCGGAGAGGGGAAGGGACUACUGAUGGAUCCUGGGGCACUUCGUGCAGCUGCUGAGAGUGCUUGUCUGCCACGCAGCGCCAGCUCACUGCUUAUGGCAUUCAGGGAUGUUACUGUUCAUAUCGACAGCAAUAGCUCCUAUACCAUCUCCUCUGCCACCACCACAACCACCACCUCCCUGGGCAAUGCAGGUGGGGUACAACCAGGCAGCAGGAAGACUUCUGUGAGUGGGAUGACUGGGGGAGGAGACAGCCAGUCAGUGGAGGAGCCAGAGUUUCCUGCACCUCCACCUAGUGAAGAGCUGGAAAUGGCUGAUCUAGGAUCCAGGAGGGGUUCAGCAGUGCCAGCCGCAGGGGGAGGAGGAAUGGAAGGGGAGAACAGCACAGACAGACUGGGAUCCACCUCCACUUCUACCUCUACUUCCACUUCCACUUCCACCUCUGCCCAGACUAACCAACAGCCUGCCCAGAUUUACACCCAGUAUCAGCAGUAUCACUACACUCAUCCUCAGCAGAUCUCUGGGGGGCCAAGCCCCGAGGCCCUGCAGGCUCUGGUUGUCUCUCUUCCUAGGGAUCGCUGCCAGGAUCCAGCCUCUUGCCGUUCACCCACCCUGUCUACUGACACACACCGCAAACGCCUCUACCGUAUAGGGCUCAACCUCUUCAAUGUGAACCCAGAGAGAGGCGUCCACUUCCUGAUUACGCGUGGUUUUGUCCCGGACACUGCCAUCGGAGUGGCUCACUUUCUGCUUCAGAGGAAGGGCCUAAGCCGGCAGAUGAUUGGGGAGUUUCUGGGGAACAGCAAACUGCAGUUCAACAGAGAUGUCCUUGACUGUGUUGUGGACGAGAUGGAUUUUUCAGGCAUGGAGCUUGACGAAGCCCUGAGAAAGUUCCAGGCUCAUGUCCGUGUUCAGGGAGAAGCACAGAAAGUGGAGAGACUCAUCGAAGCCUUUAGUCAGAGGUACUGCAUGUGUAACCCUGAUGUGGUGCAGCAGUUUCACAAUCCAGACACCAUCUUCAUUCUGGCCUUUGCUGUCGUCCUCCUAAAUACUGACAUGUACUCGCCCAACAUCAAACCCCAGCGAAAAAUGGGCCUGGAUGACUUCAUACGCAACCUAAGAGGUGUGGAUGAUGGAGCAGACAUCCCCAGAGAGAUGGUUGCAGGUAUUUAUGAACGUAUCCAGCAGAGAGAGCUGCGUUCAAAUGAAGACCAUGUCACCUAUGUGAGCCGUGUAGAGCAGUCAAUCCUGGGGCUAAAAACUAUCCUUGCCGUGCCCCACAGACGUCUAGUGUGCUGCUGUCGCCUGUUUGAGGUGCCUGAUGCCAACAAACCUCACAAACAGAAACUGUCUCAGCUCCAGAGAGAGGUCUUCCUUUUCAAUGACCUGCUGCUGAUCCUGAAGCUAUGUCCCAAGAAGAAAAGCUCUGCUUCAUACACCUUCUGUAAAGCUAUGGGUCUCCUAGGAAUGCAGUUUCACCUCUUCAGCAAUGAAUACUAUGCUCACGGUAUCACCAUGAUGAGCCCGUUUACCUCAGAGAAGAAGCAGCUGGUGAGUUUCUGCUCUCCGAGCGGAGAGGAGCUCAGGAAGUUUGCAGAAGAGCUCCGAGAGUCUAUUGCAGAGGUCAACGAGAUGGAACAGAUUCACAUUCAGUGGGAGUUGGAGAGGCAGCAAGGCAUCCAGCCCCAUGGCUUGCACACUAACGGCGGGCAAAUGGACACACACGCAGGACACGGCUCUCCCUCAGGCCAGGAUGUGUAUGAUAAAACCGGCAACAACAACACAGUAGAGGUGUCAAUUCACAACAGGCUGCAGACCUAUCAGCUGAGCCAGCCCAGCAUUGAGUCAACGCCUCUGGCUCUGGCUGCGCCACCAGCCCUGCUCAGCCCCGUCCAGGCUGGAGAUCUCCGCCCAGAAACACUCAUCCAGUGCCAGCAGAUCGUCAAGGUGAUUGUUAUGGACCAGAGUGGGCGAGGACGAAUGGAGGCCUUCCUCAGCCAGGGCCCGGCCACCCAUCAGCUCAUCCAGUCGGCCCUGUCAACACCUGUGCGUGUGAGAGAGGGAGAUGGCCCUCAACCCCCUUUGCCACCACCUCCUCCACCUUACAACCAUCCCCACCAGUUCUGUCCACCCGACUCACCCAUGCCACUUCACCACACCAUGCCUCUCACCCGCAGGCGCAACUCCAGCGGCUCCCGCAGCAUUGUUUAAGUCAUUAGCUGCUUAACGAACUGUCUGGGCCAGACAAGACCCUCACACUCACACACAACAAACACAUGCUGGAGCACAAGUCAACUCACUUUGAAUUGCAAGACAAAAGAAGUGCAAAAAAAAAAAAAGUAGAUUAUAUUGUGUGACUUAAAUGGAGGGGUGCAAAGAAAAUGCAAACCACGAAUCUAUUUAUAGUCUUGACUUGGCUGUGUGCUUUUUGAACAUGGAGUAGCUCUGAUGAUAUUUCUGAGAGACUUUUCUUCUUUCUUUUCUCUUCAGCCUGUCACCUGGUAGCAGCUGUUGUUGUCUGUCUAGAUUUCACGCUGUUGGGUAUAUGGUGACUUAGCAUUUUCAAAUGUCGCCUGUCCAACAAAUGUAUGUGAUCGUCGACCGUGAAACUGAGUAUCAGAAAAGCCACUCCGAAAGGCUUUAAACAAGGACAAAAAUCUGUUUUCUUUGAGGAUAUUGACGUUUACAACACGUCCCUGUUUUCAGUACUCCCACGGUCGGUGAGGGAUCCUUUUACUACAGCUAAUCUAACUUCUUUAUGCCAUAAUAAUUUUCCUCCAUCUCUGCAUAAUGUGAAGAAACAAGAGCACCAGCUUAUUUGUUUCUCCAUUUUCUAGGGAACACAUAAUCAGUGUGCGUGAAACAGGCAAAGAAAAAGAUUAAUGGCUCGACCGUCUCUACCACCUACAGCGUAGUGUAGUAAGCAAGGUUGUUGGUACUCACUAAACUAGCCUAAAUUAAUAUCCUGAUGACAAUCAUGAUUCGGUGCAUCACUGUUGCGUGAUUUGCUAAACUUGUGUUAGCAGAUAUCCUCACAGUAGUGUGUUGCUGCUGUGAUUUUGAGUUGUGCUCUCACAGAGCUCAGGAAAGAGGCUGCUGCAUUGCAACAUGUAACACCUUAUCUGCACCUCUGAGUUGUAAUGAGGGGAGAGUGCUUGUGUACUGUUUGUUCAGCCUGCUUACCCAUGGGCAACAGGGAGUCAGGCUGGUAAUUUAUCCAAACCAAGGCUAAAAGAAGCCUUUUUUCCUCCUGUCUAUUUACUCCAAAUAGAUUGCCUUGUGCAUAUGGAUGUUACCUUUGGAUUUAGGGAAACCUAAAAAGAAAACUCAAAUAUACUUGCUUUUCUUAUGGUUUGUACUGCUGUUUAUAUGUCUAGAUUGUUUUGGUUUGAGUUGCUCAGUUGCAGACAUGUCUGCCUUCUUUUGAAUGUAAUAGAUCUACUGUAGAUAGCACUGCCUUGUGGAAAAAAAUACAUUUGAAAAGCUCGGCAAUCAUGACGCAGUUACUCAAAACAAAGCAGUCUGAAGAAGGAAGCAUCUAUCUAGCCUCGACAAGAGGAGUGCCAGGAUGCAAAUACUGUGUCCUGCUGCUGAGCUGUAAUAUUAUAUGCCUAAACACUUCUUUUGGUUGGAUGUUCAACCUCAAUUCCAUGGUUUGCAGAUCUCAUAAUCCCAUUAUUUUACUCACAAAAGAACAUAGAAAACAUAUCAAAUGCUUAAACUGUGAAAAUGUACCAUUUUAAGAAAGAAAGAAAAGGUAAGGAAUUUGAUGGCAGCAAUCUGUCUCAAAAAAGUUGUGACAGGGCGUUUAUCAUAAUGUACGUGCAUCCCCUCUUCUUUUAACAACAGUUCAUAAACAUCUGGGGACUAAGGAGACCAGCUUCUGGACUUUUGUGAGUGGAAUGUUGUUCCAUUCUUGCCUGAUAUAGGAUUAUAGCUGCUGAACAGUCCUGGGUGUUGUUUGUUGUAUUUUUGUUUCACCGGCUCUAAAUGUUUUCAGCUGGUGAAACAUCUGGCCUGCAGGCCAAUUCGGCACCUGGACUCUUCUACUGCAAAGCCAUGCUGUUGUAUGGUGAAGAUGCAGUAUGUGGUUUAACAUUGUCUUGCUGAAAUAUGCAAGACCUUUCCUGAAAACACAGUCAUUUGGAUGGAAGCAUAUGUUGCUUCAAAAUCUGUAUAUCCCUUUCAGCAUUGAUGGUGCCUUGCCAGAUGUGCAAGUUGCCAAUUCCAUGUAGGCUUUUGAACUGAAUGCUGAUAACAAGCUGGACAGUCCCUUUCCUCUUUAGUCCAGAGGAUGUGGCAACCAUGUUUCAUGAUAGCUUUUUUUUUUUCAUUUUA